GAGUGGGGUGUUCUAGCGCGCUGCUCGUCGCUCUCCACACGACCGGCUGGGAGGCAGCCGCCCACGCACCGAAGCUCGCUGGCCAAGAGAGCUUGGACCCACCGCCGCCAUGACGGGCAGUUUUCUUCCCAGUGGUAAGAACCAUGGCUGGUGUGGGACUUCAGGGGCUAGCAUCUUCCAAACUCUAUCAACGCCGACAAGAACGUCUGAGUGGCACAGUGUCCCUGUUGAAUGAUGAAAAAGAGAGGGCAACCGGAAUAUUAGGUAAUAUGUCAGAUGCCCUUGCAAAUGCUGUGUGUGAACGCUGUCGAGCCCGUUUCGAUCCUACUGAGCGAAUUGUGAACAGCAAUGGAGAACUGUAUCAUGAAAACUGUUUUGUCUGUGCUCAAUGCUUUCGUCAGUUUCCAGAUGGCCUCUUCUAUGAUUUUGAAGGGAGAAAAUAUUGUGAGCAUGACUUCCAGAUGCUAUUUGCACCAUGCUGUGGAGAAUGUGGUGAGUUCAUCAUUGGCCGAGUCAUCAAAGCAAUGAACAAUAAUUGGCACCCCGAAUGCUUUCGUUGUGAACUCUGUGAUGUAGUUCUUGCUGAUUUGGGCUUUGUGAAGAAUGCUGGCAGACACCUCUGUCGGCCUUGCCACAAUCGUGAGAAAGCCAAAGGCCUGGGCAAAUAUAUUUGCCAGAAAUGUCACUUGAUAAUUGAUGAACAGCCUCUUAUGUUCAGGAACGAUUCCUAUCAUCCGGAUCAUUUCAGCUGCACCCACUGUGGGAAGGAAUUGACCGCUGAUGCCAGGGAGCUGAAAGGAGAGCUCUACUGCCUGCCAUGCCAUGACAAGAUGGGUAUUCCAAUCUGUGGGGCUUGUCGCCGGCCUAUUGAGGGUCGAGUGGUCAAUGCUCUAGGGAAACAAUGGCACGUUGAGCAUUUUGUUUGUGCCAAAUGUGAGAAGCCAUUCCUGGGACACCGGCAUUAUGAGAAAAAGGGUCUGGCUUACUGUGAGACUCAUUACAAUCAGCUCUUUGGAGACGUCUGCUACAACUGCAGCCAUGUGAUUGAGGGGGAUGUGGUAUCUGCUCUCAACAAAGCUUGGUGUGUAAACUGCUUCUCCUGUUCUACCUGCAACAUCAAGCUCACAUUGAAGAAUAAGUUUGUGGAAUUUGACAUGAAGCCAGUGUGCAAGAAAUGCUAUGAGAAGUUCCCUUUGGAGCUGAAGAAAAGGCUGAAGAAGUUGACUGAGCUGUCCUCCAAGAAAACACAGCCCAAAGCUCUGGAUCUGAAUUCUGCUUAAGCAGGUCUCAGCUUCCCCCUGGCUGCUCUCUUCUUCCCCAGCAGCAGUCUGCUCAGUUGCAGAUCACUUAAGAAUGGUCAAAGGACCCAAGACACACAGAACCUCACCAGUUACACUUUGCAAUUUGAAUGUUUUCUGCUCAGGUACAGUGCACAGAAUCUGGCCUUUGGAAGAAAGCUGUGGAUAUACAUGAACACGCACUAUUUUCCUUUUGUUGUAAUUUUAUUUUGUGAUUUUUCAUCUUUCUGUAUUGAGAGCCAGAUUUAUACUCUGUCAUGGUAUUCCAUGAAUCGUUAAAGUAAGGGGUAGGGGUGGGAGGUAGGAGAUAGGUUACAUUUUACCCUUUCUGAGCAUUAUCUUAAAAUUGCAAGGGACUAAUGAGAAUUAAGUAGUGAUCUGGCAAUUUCAAUUAAAUCAUAACAACAUGAUAAAUCUACACUGGUUUUAUUAGAUGGCUGCCCAUAUCACUGUAAUAGUGAACCUCAGCUGCUGAAACAGAUACUUGUGCUUAAGCUAAACUUCCUUUUCACAUUUUCUGAAGCUGUAAACUAGAAACACCAGAAAAUAAAACCUGAAUGGACCAAAGCAGCUGAGCUAGAAGCCUCUACUUUUUGAGAUACAAUGUUCCAGGCAAAUAUAGCUAGAAUGGAUACUUGGGGGGGGGGG